AUGAGUAUUGUAAUAGGAAGUAGGAAGGAAAAUACCCUGCCACCGCUGGGGUUCGAACUAGCGACCCUUCGGUCUCUAGCCGGACACUCUAACGCUCGACAAAAGGAGGGAGAGGAGGAGGAAGAGGAGGAGACACCUUUACCAAAGGAACUGUUAGCGGAAUUUGCCGAAGCGUUUGAUUUCUUUGACAUGAAGAAGACCGGCACCAUUACAACACAGGAGCUGUUUUCAGUCCUCAGGGCUAUGGGUCAAAAUGCUACAGAGGCCGAACUCAACAGCAUGGUCAACGAAGUGGACGCCGAUGGAAACGGAACUGUAGAAAUUGACGAGUUCGAGGAAAUGAUGCUUAAUAAGAUAGAUGCAGAAGUUGGACCGGAAGUUGACAAAGAAACAUUUGCGCUUUUCGAUGCAGACGGAGAUGGGUUAAUCGGACCGGAAGAACUCUUGAAAGUAAUGCGCCAGUUCGGGAAAAAAGUGUCCGAAGAAGAGGUCAAGCUGAUGAUAAUGGCUGUUGAUAAAGAUGGGGAUGGUCAAGUCAGUUUCGAAGAGUUUUGUGAAAUGAUAGCCGGGGACCCUUGA